GAUAUUUGUAAUAAUGUGAUGACUGGAAAUCAGAAGAAAUACGUCUAUCUUCCAGAUGUGUAUUCUAAACACCGUUUAUCAUUAUGUGUGCAAGAAUUAAGCAAAUUCUGUUCAGCGAUUCCAGCUGCCCUUGUUUUGCUGAUUAUAAGUUGGUCAUAUUAUGUGGUUACUUUUGUUGUAAUUCAAGAUUUAAUCACUAGUACAUUUUUAUUGUCAUUUUUCUUCGCUCCAUAUCACGUUUUGUUCAUUCUAUUUCUUUGGUCAUUUUGGAAGUCAACAUAUACCCAGAUAACUACAAUACCAAAAAAUUUUUAUCUUACUGCUAAUGAAACAAAAUAUUUUAUAGAGCUGGAAAAUGAUCACGAUCGGUCGGAGUUUAUAAAUAAUUUAUCCGUUACAAAACAGUUACCUGUACUUACUAUUGGGAAAAGAUUCAAUGCCCAAUUCUGUGAUAUAUGUUUUCUUUUAAAGCCAGAUCGUACACAUCAUUGUUCAAGUUGUAUGAGAUGUGUUCCAAAAAUGGAUCAUCAUUGCCCUUGGAUAAAUAACUGUGUUGGUUACCAUAAUUAUAAAUAUUUCAUGUUACUUAUAUUCUACGGUCUUCUGUAUUGUGUAUUAUGUUUUCUAUUUGCCUUAUCCUAUUUACUAAAAUACAUAAAGAUUCGACCGACUAGUGUUGCUAAUAAUCGACCAUGGGGUUUGUUUUGUGCAUUUACUCUGUCGCUUUUAUCGGCUGUGUUUGCACUGGCACUGUUAAUCCUGCUUUUAUUCCAUACGUAUUUAAUAUUUAAAAAUAAGUCUACUCUAGAAUAUUUUCGGCCACCGAAUUUUCGUGGUAGCAGUCAUCGUAUAUACGGUUUUAAUCUUGGGUGGAAGAAUAAUUUUCUUCAAAUAUUUGGUAGUAACGUCAAACGUUGGUUGUUGCCUGUAUUUUCUAGUCAAGGAGAUGGUGUCUCUUUCCGAAUCCGAGAAAUUCCAGCUCAUGAAGACUACUCCCUGUUGUUGUCGACUAUUUAGUAUUGACGAAUGAAACCUAUGUUUGUCACUUACAUAUGUUCAUACAAUUCUAGCUGAAUUUGUGAUAAUUACUUUAAGACAAACUUUCGUUUAUGUCAUGUCAACCAGUUUUUCAAAUAAAUUUAAUAGCUUAUCU